AUGGAAUCUUUGGCAACAACCAUUCGUUUCGUCACGCUGAACUGCCGAACACUAUCUAGUGAACUCCAACAAACCCCUCUAUCCAGACUUCUGCGAUAUCUCUGUGUGCCUUUUGCUGCACUGCAGGAAACACGCAUGAGAGAUCGGUCCUUCAUCAGCAUCGAAAAUUACACCAUAUACUGCGGCGAUGCUGAUGAGAACAAAGUAGGUGGCUGCGCGAUAGCUGUGAGGAACGAUUACAAGAACCUGGUGGAGGAAUUUGGCUCAGCUUCGUCUAGACGCGCCUUUCUACGACUGCGGGAUCGCAGAGGACGUAAACUCUGGAUCGUAAGUGCUCACGCACCUACGGAAACCACUGAGGACAACAGUAAGGACGCCUUCUAUGAUGAACUCAAUGCGUUGAUGUCUAAAAUACCAAGCCAGCAAGUGGUCAUUGUCGGAAUCGACGCAAAUGCGAAGAUGGGACUCGAACAGCAAUUCGAUGUGCUAGGGAAAUGGUACUAUGCAGCGGAGCGCACGUCGGACAACGGUGACCGUCUGGUCGACUUGUGCGAACAGACGGGCCUCAUCAUCGCUUCACGUUUAAGGGAAAUUAUCGACGCCAUCAGCUCACAUGGCAGGGGUCGACCAUUUUAA